UCAUGGCAAACUUUUGGUCUGUGUUCAUGGAUGAAAAAAAUUGGUCCAAUCCUCGUGAAUUUCGACCUACAAGGUUUCUAGACGAAGAUGGAAACUUGAAAAAGAUCGAGGCUUUCAUCCCGUUUUCCCUAGGAAAACGCUCCUGCCCUGGAGAGACUGUUGCUCGUCAGGAAAUGUUUCUGGUCAUAGCUGCCUUGGUCCAGACUUUCACCUUCCACGUGCCAGAGGGAGAGGCGAUUCCAGAUCCAGAUGGUAGCUUAGGACUCCUGUACGAGCCCCCAAGAUACCGGGUAUGUGCCAGACCAAGGGACUGAUUUAUGUUUCGACUCCUCAUCACCGGGGUUGCGGUUCGUUUCGCUUACCUGCUGUGAGGAUAUGUGGAAGAGUACAUACGUAGAAAUAAAUUCUGAAAUCCUGUUGCCUCGAUGAAUAUAUACGGGCAGAUCCUUCGAAUAUUUUUGGCCGUUUCAUUUUGGGGAGCAAACAGCUGUUUAACUUUUUUAGCUUGUGUGUUUGUGGGUUAAAAUACAUUGUGAGGUGAAUUCAACUGAUGACCAAAAUCAGUAAAUUAGUUUUGGAAAACAAUUCACAUAUUCAUUUUGCUGAACCUCUUGGUGACAUACAGACAAAACUGAAAGCUGAUUACUUAAUGUCACAAGCUCUCUCUGCCAAUGAGAUGC